CGAGAGAGGUAACCUCCCUUCACCGAAGAGAGGUAGAAAGGUAUGCUUGCAGGGGUCCCCUGUAUAGCCUUAGGAGUAGUGGUAGGCAGUGAAAAGAAAGAUAUGUUCCGUGACAUGGCAGAACGCCAGUUAAAAGAAAGAUAUGUGAGUGAUCUGAAGGCAUCACUCAAGCUCGCUAUCCCCUUGCUGCCGCGAUCGGAGGGUCUUCGCUGCUCGGUUUCCCGCCUAACGCGUUCCCCCGCGCUCUAACGCCUGCACAUUCCCUCCUUCCGGUGAGAGCGUGUAGGCGAAUCCCAGCUCAAGGCGGACGAGAUAUCAACAUGAACCUCCAGGCUCCCGCAAGAGAGGAGUAGUCCUCACCACCCAACCUCCGAAAGCUCGGAUCACAGGACGGCGCGACUCGUCCCAGCGAUGGGGAAGAGCCCUCCGGGAGCAUUUAAACCCUAUGCUUUUCCCUCGACGUAUGGUUAUGGGUCUCUCUGUUCUUAUCUUUGUCAGUGAAGGGAACAAACGCUCAGAAAACAA